AUGUUAUAUUUAAAACAAGCAAUAAAGUUUGAACUUGUUUGGUUGCGAGUUGGACUUUCCCUUCUUUUGUUUUCACUACUGUUUUUUCGUGGAAGAUUAUUUCCAGAAAACCAGAAAAUGCGGAGGUCGUCUUUGAAGAUGCCAUUUGAUCCAGUUAAUGAUAGUACAGCGGAGGCUACUGGAUCAACUAAAAAAUUGAAUAGAAGAGUCUCAUUUUCUCAGUACAUACAUGUUUGGAGUCAUGAUAGUGAAGGGGAAUCAGAAAUCUGUGUCAAAAAUUGUAUGAUUUCAGAUAUAUCUAUGGAGGAUGAUUUUGAGGCAACAAUAGGUAAUACUCGUAAGGAUGACAACAGUAUUGGAGGUGUUACAUCUAUUCAUGAUGUUUCAAUGGAAGCAGUCACGCCUACUUCUUGUCAGAUAGUUGAUCGAAUAUCAACUAAUAGUAGUGAUGAUCAACAACAGAUGAUAAAUAUGGAGAUUGAAGGCGGAGAUGAAGGUAGUCAAGUUAGCAUGAAGUUAUCGCCAGAUUGUAAUCCAGAGGACGAAAUGAUGAUUAUUGAAAAUACAUUAGAUAUUAAAAAUAAUGAUGAUGUUGCACCUAAAUGUGAUGCAUCAGACAUGGAGAUUCAAAAUGACGGUGUCUCUGCUUUGCCAACCUUUGAAGUCGAUGAUAUGUCUGUAGUUAUAAGCAGUGAAGAGACUGUUUGUAAUUCACCCGAAAAACAUGAUACUACUCAUUCAUCGCAGCAUAAAAUCUCAAAUAUUACACCUGUGGCAAACAGAGACACAGAGACAGAACUAAAAAAAAUGAAUACACCUCAUGUAUUAUCACCGCGUGUUGAUGCAGUAUUGACUGAUGUAAUGA